GCCUUGACUCGGGUGUGACUGUCUGUAACGGAACCGAACCUCCUGCUGCAGUUUAACCUGGGUUAACACUUUAUUUAUCCCGAGUAGUUUGUUGACAGCAUGUCGCACACCGUCAUCACCACCACGACCACCGGCAGGGCGUCCGGGGACGGAGUGCUGAACCUGGGCUACACCCGGACCAUCCCGGGGCUCCUGAAGAUAGGGCAGAUGGUGGCGCUGCUGGUGGCCUUCCUGUGUGUUCGCUGUGCACGGGGCUGGCCCAGCUGGGCGGCCUUCCAGUUCUUCGAGGUGGUGUCGCUGUGGUUCUUCAUCGCCUUCCUCCUGUUCUUCCUCAUGCACCUGUUCAGGCUGCAGGCCAAGAUGCCCUGCUUCAACUGGCCUCUGACGGAGUUCUUCCAUUACUCGGUGGGGGCUGUCCUCGUCUGCAUCGCCUCCAUCGUGGCCGCAGUGAAUGCGGGGGGGGUGUCUGCGCUGGUGGUCGCAUCGGUGUUUGGAUUCAUCGCCACGUUCCUGAUGGUGGUCAGUUUGUGGACGACCUACAGCGUGAGCUGCGGCCCUCACCAGACCGGUGCAGCAGUGUAAGCUGACGGCUGUAAUGGCAGUUUGCUGUGUCCUGGUCCCUUUUCUGCCUAGCAACCACCCGGAUAAUUAACCUGAUUGGAUCAGAAUCAUUUCUGCAGUGGUAAAGGAACAGCUGAUCCUGGACCAGUCAUGGUUUUCUACAAGCUGAAGCGUAAAUAUCCCCGAUCGUCCCGGUAAAAACCCUGAGAGGACCGUAGUCUCAGUGUUCCUCAGACUUCAAAAGUCACAUUUACAUGUUAAAGGUGCUCAGUAAUCAUCAGUGUAUUAAUAGAAUCAGUAUCAACAAAUGACACCGCACUGCACCUGCUACUGUCCUCACAACUACACUUCCCAUCAUGCCUGCUGCUUCCCGCCCUAAAUUUCCCUCUAAAGGUAGACCCUUUUUUUAGAAACGUCUUCCUGUUGUGUGCCAUAAAACAUCCCGUUUCCCGCCGAUAUCCCAAUCCAGAUGAUUUCCCGGCAAAAUAAGAAUACAGCCGCUUUCCCGCCAAAAUCUCACACGUCGUAGUUCAUGAGUCGCCUUUUGUCGCUCUUCUUCGGUGGUUUACAAUAAAUAGCUUGAGUUGCUCGAUUGAAUCAUUCAUUCGUACUUUUAUUCUUCAGUAUAAAAAAGCACUCUGGACCACGGAUGUAUUGAACUCUUUUAUAAAACUCACUUUUCUUAAAUGCUCAACACUCAAAUGGUGCACAGUUUAGCCCUGUUAGCCUGCUAUGCUAAUGUUUGCUAGCACACUUUGGAUUCCCCUUCUGCUGUGCUAACAUUCGAUAACAAGCUAACAUUUUACAGAAAAACAGCUUGCAUGCUAAUGACUUUGUUAGCAUGCUAAAACAUUACUCAGGGGCUAAUACGUAUGUGUGCUAAAGGAAAAUAACAAACAAUAGCAUGCUAAAAACUAAUUCUGUGAAUUGAAACCAAAAGGAACAUCAGCAUGCUAACAAUGCAAACAAAAAGUGCUUCAGUUAGAAAUCAAAAGAAGAGUCUGGUGAUGAUAUUCCUGUUAUAGUCAACAAAUUCCAUCUGCAGAACCAAACCAACCACUCAUUCAAAUACCCAAAAAGCCAAACUCUCCAUUUAGACACAAAUGUGAAUUAUUUUGCCGAUAAAAAAUGCCAAUUCCCUCAAAAGAAGAAGAACUGGAUUUAUUUUAAGAUUUAAGAUAAACUAUCGACAGGAAACCAGGUUUUAAGAUGUUCUGCUCAUGGGAUUUUUUGGCAGUAAUAAAAACAAUCCCACCAGAGAUAAUCCUCAAACCGUGCUGUUUUAAAUGAGUGCCAUUGAUUUCAGAUGAUCACGUUAACAACAUGAACCAAACCUUCUUUCAUCUGGGCGCGGCUCCCAUGACGCAUCUCAUUCACGUCCUGUGGAAAUCGAUUUGCCGUUUACUCCGGCAGCCGCUCAGAGUCAAAGGACGCCAUUUAUUACAGUUUCUCUUCACAGCGCUGUGCAGUUUUUCUCACAUUCAGGACAUGCGCGACUGUCCUCGGUGCUUUUACAGAAACAAACUGCUAGUCCUUUCUGUCCAAAUUCACUCCAAAUGUAUCAGAAAGCACAUUAUUUCUAAACGGAAAAAAGAGAGCCGUGUCCGUAUUACACUCGAAAAGUGAGAAUGAUUUCUACGGAGCGUAUGGCAGUGGAAAUCUGUUGGCACGGAUUCUUAAAGUAAAAUAUAUUGGGUGUAAAUGGCAAUGUUCACAUGCAUUUCUAACCUUUUUCUACAGAUUACUAUCAUACAUGGAUUUAUUAAAUGUACGCAUGCAUUAGAAACGCUUCUGCAUGGAUUGUAUGAGAUGGGACUGAUAAAUGCACACACAGACUGCUAAAAGGAAUAUCAAACAAAAACAUGCAUACAGGUUAAUAAAAAGUCUGCAUGAGAUUAAUACUCUGUGAAGAAAGUAAAUACACACGGAUUCCAAAACGUACUUUUAAAUGGAUUGAUCUGAAAUGUAUUUGCGGUUCUUUUGAAAAGUAUAUAUUGAUGGAUAAAUUGUAUUUUCAGAUAAAAUAAUGCAUGAAUCCAUGAAUGCAGAUAAUAUGGAAUGAUACAUUUUGCAUUCAGAUUACAAGCACUCAGUUAUAGUUGUCCUGAAAAGCUUUACAGUAAUGCAAUAUUCAAAUGUCCUCCUGAAGACAUAAGAGCGUAGACUAUCGACUGGGGAUAACAUCCGAUGUGAUGCACUGAAUAGAAACGGAGGACUCUUUUCUCUGUCAAAGCACAACCCAUCUCCAGAUCCCUCCCCCGGUCUCCACUCAACCCUCACAUUGUGUAGUAUUUUCACUAUUCGUCUGACUCUGAGAUACAGAGCCAUGCUUUUAUUUGGUGAUCGUUAACCCUUUAUUAAUCUGUGUGACAGAUUUCCACGUCACAUGGCUCCCAGCUCCGUAGUUCUCCGACCAAUCAUUACACUGAAGUUAUCUCGACAGUGCAUCAGUAGUGGAUUGAAAUGCAGUUUAUCUUUUGGUUCUACAAACGUUUCUGACGCGCUGAUCUUUGAUAGUUCAGGUUUUAGAGCUGCUGCAGAAUCCAACCCUCAAGGGUCUGAGCCCUUUUUUCAGACUUCAUGCAAUGAAUCAUGGGAUGCAUAAUUAGAUCUAUAACCUCUAUCCAACACCUAGAACAUCUAAAUCUACUUCCAAUGGAUACAUGUUCAUAAAAGACAUCCGUUGUUUGUUCAUAUGCUUCUUGAAAUCUGAGUCAAAGUUUGUUGCCUAAGACUAGUUUGCUAUCAGCUGUUAGCAUAUUAGCAACAUACAUCACUUGAAACCACUUUGUUGGAUGAAGUAAAAACAAGAUGUAUUUAACUUAAGUAUUGUUUCAUUAAGUAAAGAGCUUGCAUAACUUGGCCCCUCAGUAAAAGUAGAGCUUUAUAAACUGUAACAGAAGGUAACUGGAACUAAAUAGGCAUUGCUAAUGCUAAUCUGAACCUAGCAAAAUGAUGGUUUGCCCAGGAAAUGAAGUAAAACCUAGCUCACUAACAAGCUAAACCCGCUGUUUCUAGUCUAACUUGGCACGGAUGCUCAAGAUACCACCCCGCUUACUUUAGCUCGGAGACCUUUUGAACAGAAAUCUAUCUGUUAGUGCAAGGGUCUGCUGAGAAGUAGGCCCAGACCGGCUACAUUAGCAGCGGAGAAAUGUUUGUAGAAUUAAAACUGAUAUGUAAAUACGGCUGCCGGAAGGCGGAGGCUGUGGUUGAGUGGGAAACCUUCUCAAACCUAUAGAAUUGUUGAUCCACAGAAAACUGCCUUACUGUUGAUCAGAUGCCAAAAAAAUGAGUGAAAAACUUUGGAUUUUUGCACCGAAUGUGUCCUCUUACAUGCCUCCAAAGCAGCUCCGGUUGCAAAGUGAAGGAUUUAUGUCUAACCAGACCCGAGUGCUUCUCUGACUAACCCUAACCCUAACCAUGUUAAAGUUGAGGUGGUGAAUUCUAAGGAUUUAAACAGAGCUUAUUGCCUAACUUCUGGUGCGUUCCCUUCAGCCCCAACACACUGUGUGAUCGCAGCGGUCUCUCAGAGGAACAUGUCACACUGUGGGUUGAACCGUGAUCGAUAAUGCAAUGAAUGUAAAAUAAAUCAACAAUACAGUUUGAACAAAUGUGCGCAAACAUGACCUCGUUAAUUAAACUGAGACCGUAAAGCGUUGAAGCGCCACUGCCUCUCUAUAGUUUUAUGAUUACCUGUUCAUGGGUGCUCGUUUACCGGAUGUGGGUUAAUAAACAACACAUUUCAUAAUCAGAGGUCACACUGUUUUAUUGCAAACCUCCGGGACUAUGAGAAAAUGUCCCUCAUUAAGCAUUUUCCUGAAGAGUCCAUGGUCUCAAGCUCUAGUUUCAAGUCAUGAUGUUCAUUUAGUAAAUGAUGAGGUAAAAUAGACGAUAAAGCGACCUAUGCUUUAGGGGCGGGGCUAGCUGUGAUUGACAGGUUGCUGUUGGUGUUUUCAUUUCCUGAAACUUAAUUUUGGUCGCCUAAAAAUAUCUUGUUCAGCGUCCAGAAACCAACAUGGAGACUGCAACUAAAGGCUUUAAAACCAAAGACCACCAACCAAUGGCUGACGUCAUGGUGACCGACAUCCGUUUGACCUUUUCUGUAGUAACCCCGCUGGAGAGCAAGCUAUAAGUGGUCUGUUACCAGUACCAUCAGAUGUUACGCAAGCCUAUUAGACUGAGUAUCAUUUGGAAAUGUUCUGACUUGCGUCCUAGAGUCAGAUCUUGUCUCCUUAAUAUCUCAACGGCGUCGAAAAGUUAGUGGAAGUAUCUCACCGUGUGAUCUAAAACACCGUUUUGGAUUCCCCUCGUCUUCCCCCAGUUCUCCCUGAGGCCGCCCAGAAUCACACAGUGUGUUUCCACUCCAACACCAUUAUAGUCACACAUAUUUAAAAGCUGUUUUUCUACAAAGCUUUACAUUGCUGCGCUUCACCUUCAGAUAUACACUCUGUGCUUUUUGUGAUGGUCCAAGAUGUUCACCACACUGUGUAUCUGCUGCUUCACUGUGUUUAAGUUUGUUCUGGACCAGUUUGACCUUUGAAGGAUUUAUUUUGUGACAGAUGCACUGAUGAAACUGCUGUACUCUGCAUUUGUUUAUUUCCACUGGACAAAAAGACACCUUUGAGAUUUUAGUGCUUUGAUUUGUUUUUAAGAUGUUUUGUAUUUUUAUUGUGUGACUUUUGAUAAACCAGGUUUGUCCAUCAGAAUCUGCCCAGGAUCCAGUUUUGGUAUUGAAUUUGGAUAUUUUUUUUAAAUUGGUGCAUCCGGAAUAUUCUUUGCCCCUGAAGCUGGGUUUUCUAUAUCUGUAGCUGCCUGGACGCUUUGUCAGAAUGAAUCAGAGUCCGGCUCUUCAGAUUGUAACUGUGACCAUCAAGACAAUUAGCACGCACUCCGAUCAGUGAUUGGCUCCGGCUCCAGGACGCACAGAAGCACACUGUUUACAUUAUUUAUUUUCUGCAUGUUCGUAUUUUCUGAUGCUACAUAUUCUCACGGAGGCGGUGUGUGUCCACUGGGAGAAACAGAAGGCUGAAAGGGUUUGAAAUGUGGGGGCACUGACACGUAAAGAUCCCGGACGAUGGAACGGACAUCUCACAGAAAUCCAGUUUGACAGAUGGGUGUGAAGUCUCAAGAAAAGCCUCCAAACGUACAACAGUAAACCAGAGAUUGUGCAGGACUUCUUUUUCCGACUCCCUAUGGUUUGUUUUUACUUUAUUGAAGGAACUUUAAUUUAGCUUUCAGGGUGAACCUUACUUCAGUCAGGAGAGACUUGUUUUGAUGUAACCAUAUACACUGCCCGGCCAAACAACAGGUCACCAGCCUGUGGUGUGAUCUGGGGGGGCCGGAGUUGGUCUGUUCUAGGUUCAGCAACCCAAAGAAUGAGGUCAGCUGACUCCCUGAAUAUCCUGAAGGACAGGUUAUUCCAUCCAUGGAUCUCUUCUCCCCUGAUGGAGCGGGCAUGUUCCAAGAGGACAAUGCCAGGAUCCAUCGGCUCAGACUGUGAGAGAGUGGUUCAGGGAGCAUGAGACAUCAUCUCACACAUGGAUCGGCCCCCCCAGAGUCCAGACCUGAACCCCAUUGAGGAUCUUUGGGAUGUGCUGGAGAAGACUUUGCGCAGUGGUCUGAAUCUCCCGUCAUCAAUACAAGAUCAAAAAUAAUGACAGACAGAAAUAAAUGUUGAGCAGAAGCUCGAGGAAACGAUGCCACAGAGAAUGUGUGAUCAAAGCUGAAGGCGGUCCAACGGAUAUUAGAGGGGGACCUUUUUUUUGCCAGGCAGUGUGUGCUUAUUGCCAACAAUACACAGAUGAAUGUAAAGGUGUUUUAGGUGAUUAGACCCCGGAGUAUCAUUCAGGAGUAGGGAAACCGAGCCGAUAAACCCCCCCCCCUCUGGGGUUGAGACACUGGUGGAGGGGACUGAUGGAGGUCUGGUCUGUAGAGGAGUGGUUUCAGCUUGACUUAAACCCUGGAUUCAGAGGAACGCGAGGUGGAAGAGAGGGAGGAGAGAGCAGGUUUAAAGGUCUGGCGAUGCGCUGUGAUUGGCUUGUGGGAAUAGUGGCCAAGUGAUAGGUUCAGCUGGGGAAGGACCGCCCCUGAUCUCUGAUUGGAGGGCUGAGCAGAGUGAGAUGGAGACAUGACAGAUAUAAAGACGGUUGGAUCUAUGAUUUCAUGGGAUUGAUUCGUAUCUGCUGCUCAGGAACAGUUGGGGUCAGAGACGAUGUGUCCUGGAGGGCGGAGUCAGAGAGGUUGUUUGCAGAAGUUGACGUUAAAGCCGAAUGUCCGUAUAGAUGCUGCUCUGGACCUUCGGAUCGUCCCACAUCAUCUUCCGAUCUCUCUUAGCUUUAUCGUCUAAGAACUCCAUCGUCCAUUUCUUCGGUGGUGGCGAAGUCCAUAGGGGUCUUGGCUUGGGAACUGGAAGUCCUGGGGAGACCAAGUGCUACCGAGGUGUCCCUGAAGGCACCGCUCUUUACCCUGCUCCCCGGGCGCCGUACAUAUGUCAGAUGCAGGACGUCCCCCUCUGUGGAACCAGUAAGGGUUUAUUGUAUUCUACAGUAAGCUUCACAGUUCAUCUGCCGAGAUAGAUCGUGUGAUACCGUAGAACGUUACAGAUACUGAAUGAACCUCGAUGUCAACUUUCCAAAAGUCAUCUCAAGCCAUGUGGAAACAGGAGAGAAAUACUGUGCAGUCUUUCAGUUUCGGAGUUUAAUGGAAGAGAAGUAAAUGUGUUCUGUUGUGUUAUUUUACACCCAUCCAACGCCACGUGACACACCUCGAACAACGUGAGGACGAUUGUGUACGACUUGAGCAACUUUAGGAACCUCUGAAGGAAGGAAUUGUCCUGAUUCUGUGAGAUGUCCGUUCCCCUCUCUGGAUCUCAGCCCAGUGGACGCGUUCAGACCUGUUUGUCUCCAAAGUGCCUUAACGUUCUGUUGAUGUGAGGAGCGGUUCAUUACCCUGCUGUGUGCAAGCUACUCAGCUGACUGUGUUUCAGCGAGUAGGGGGGGGGGGGGAGAAAUGAAGUGAUUUUAUGUUGUUUUAAAAAAGAUGUCCACAGUAUUAUUAUAAGGCACCUCACAAAGAGCUCACCUGACUUGUGUUGUUUUUCUACAUUUUUUAAAAGUGUGUUUAAACUACAGGUUGUGGUUUGUUGCAUGUUGUAAAUUAAAGACUCAUUGCACCGUU